CAGUGGCAAAUGAAAACAAAACAGCGCCUCUUUCAUAAAGCAGAGUCCGCAAGCGCAGUUUGCAUUCGUUAGGGUUGUCGUUCGGUUACCUCGUCCAACCAAACCAGGUCCCAGUUAAUACUUUGAAAUCCAAAUUGAAGUAUAGCAAGGUGAAAGGAAGUACAAGAGAAUGGCAAAGUCUUUGAGAUCAAAGAAAGAGAAGAGGCUGAGGGCCAUUCGAAGGGAGAUUGUUGAACCCUUCUAUGACAAGAAAGAAGCUGCUAAGCUUGCCGCUCAAGAAGCUGCCCUUGCUGCACCCAAGCUGCCACUCCCUUCUCGAUCAAAUACUGCCAUGGAUGUCUCUACUUCCACUAACGACAACACCAUGGAUGUGGAGAUGGCUGAUGGCGUUCAAAAGAUGGCCUCGUUAAAGCCUGUUGGUGGAAUAGGGAAGAAGAUGAAAAAGAAAUUGAAAAUAGCUAAGAAGAAGCGUCGUGGUAAGGGAAAGCUCAGGAAAACGCACAUAUAAACUCAGAAUAGAGAAUGGUUGUGGUGAGCUAGAUAAAAGUCUUCGUGCUAUUAUCUUGAUCAAUGAAGACUGUUCAAAUUUUGAUAAAAGAACAUGAAGGCCAUUCAUAUCUCAGCAUUAUAAGCUGAGGACCUUUUAUUAACUAGGCUUAACUAUUGAGGUACAGCACAAUUAUAGUUUGGAGAAGUGGUUGAUGUUGAUGACUCUUUCUGAACAUGAAGGAUAGGCUAUUUAAUUCUGCUCCAACCAUGUACUUGAAUGUGAAAACUUGAUAGAGCUAUUUACGUUUCUUACCAUUCUAUUUUUCUCAAUUUUGUUGCUUUAUGAAAGUGACCUUGAAGAACCUGCAGCGAUUUUAAUUCCUGUAUGGAAGUUACUUUUGAGGUGUCUCGUCAGUUUAAAAUGUUUUAUUAUAUGAAAUGAA